AUGUGGUCGUCGAAAGAGGUCAUUGCUGGUGUCUUCUUGUUUUUAGCUGGCGUUGUUUUCACUGUUGUCGCUAUUGGCGUCCGGGCUAUCUUUCGCAACUUUGCUAGCCGGCCAGCUCCUUCACCCAACCUGGGCGACGAUACUCCUCAUGUCACCAUAAUUCGACCCGUUAAGGGCGUCGAACCUCGACUCUACGAUUGUAUCGCCGCAUCGUUUCGCCAGAACUACCCCCAAAACAAGAUUUCCAUUCGUCUCUGUCUCGAAAAUGACACCGAUCCGGCGUACCCGAUCCUCCAGAAGGUCCUUGAGGACUUUCCCGAUAUUGAUGCGCGCAUCCUGCUUGAGGUAGACGACCUUGCAUUGCGCACGACGCCGAAUAUGGGACCGAAUCCAAAAAUUCGCAAUAUCAGCCGAGCAUACCGAGAGGCCAUAGGGGAUAUCGUGUGGAUUGUGGAUUGCAACGUCUGGAUGGCCAAGGGAGUCUUGGGGCGCAUGGUUACUAAACUUCAGGGCCACCAUGUUGGUGGUGAUAACAUGCCCUACAAAUUUGUUCAUCAACUUCCCAUUGUUAUUGACUUGAUCGACUAUUCCACACCGAUUGCAGCAGAUGGUCAGCCGCUGUUAGCUGCUUCCUCUGUUGAAGACGAUGACUCUAGUCACAUAGGCGAAGGGGGUUCUCAUUGUAACCCCAAGGUUUGGGCUCAGGGCGGUGGAAGACUGGACGAGAUGUUCAUGGCAACGUCGCAUGCCAAAUUCUACAGUGCUAUCAACACUUCUGGUCUAGCCCCUUGCGCUGUGGGCAAAAGCACCAUGUUCUGCAAAUCUCAGCUCGAUCACGCGACCAACCCUUCACUAAACCCUAAGAUACCCAAGGGCAAGGGCCUCCCUACGGGCGUGGAUUACUUUUCGCACAACAUCUGCGAAGAUCAUAUGAUCGGCGAUGUCCUCUGGAAUGCUAAAUUUGACGGAUACAGGAACCAUGGGUUAGUCUGGGGUGACAUUGCUGUUCAGCCGAUGUCUGACAUGUCUGUAAAUGCAUAUACAGCACGCCGCUCUCGAUGGCUCAGAGCGAGAAAGUUCACGGUUCUCCCAGCUACAAUGAUUGAACCAUUCACGGAAUCUUUCGUGUUUGCCACGUAUUUCACCUUUGCAAUCACCACCCUGCAGAUAUAUAGCAUUCCUCCAACCUGGACUGCUAGGGUAAUUACUUGGCUCACGACGAUCACUGUUUGGAUGGUUGUCGACUUUUUAGGCUACCGGCAUUUACACUCUGGCGUCACUAUGGAGCUUGAUGAAGACACACCUCGUUUCGCCAGAGGUUCCAUAAAUCGAGAGGGAAUCAAAAGUCGCAAAUUCUCGGAGUUUUUAGCAGCCUGGUUUUUCCGUGAAGCUCUAGCUCUACCGAUCUGGGCAUACGCGGUCAUCUUUGGAAACACUGUGAACUGGCGAGGAAGACGAUUCCGUAUCCGGAGCGAUACAACUGUUGAAGCACUUGACCCCGAAGAAGAAGAACGGAGUCGCCAGGUGCCGACUCCUGAGCUCGAAAGGGGAUCUUCCCAGAAUAAGCAACGGGUUGAUUGA